UUCGACGUAUCAUUUGUAUGUCGCACAGUAUCCGUGAGAUAAUUUUCUCUAACGUUCACUUGUUUAGCGUGCGCCACAACGUAAGUACGCUGCAACGAAGAGGAUCAACAACACCGAGAGCGUCGAGAGAGCGUCUGACAAUGGACGUUGACGAGGAUUUUCUAUUGGUUUUAAAAUCAUCAUUUGAUAUGUUGAAAGACUCACGGACAAGAAGCUACGGUGAAAAACUGAGGGAAAGAAGCAGAGCGUUCGAGCAUCGAGCAUGGGCAGAUUAUUUCGCGAUUUCAUCGACUCACAAGGCUCAAAAACCAACGAAAUUAAAUACGUUGGAGAAAAUCUUGUCAUCCUAUGACAAAGCGGUGCAGUUACAUUGGAUUUAUACUAAAGAAGAGGAAGAAUAUCCUAUACUCCUGUUGAUGUUGCAACAGUUUUUGGGCUCGUGGAAGAAAUUACGUCUAAAGUCUUACUGGACGACUUAUUUAUAUUAUUAUCUUUAAGAGCCAUGUAUUUCAUGCCAUGUAUAUCGGCAUGUAGAUCAAUCGCUUGCAAGCGAACGUAUGUACACAAAAUUGCGGUAUACAAACAUAAAUUAUUGAAAAAGCGAUUGAAUAGUGUAUCAUUAACGACGGAUGUAGAAUCUAUCGAAUGGGCUGAGGGAUCAGCGCUAUUGUCCCUGUAUUUUGUAGAACUUAAACGUUUUAUCGAGGCUAAAGAUCAUCCUGACCGUCGUCGCUUCAUUUCUGAUUUCAUCUUCAUUUCUGAAAAAGUUUUAUGAGGAUAUAUAAUUCAAAAAUGAACGAGCAAAAGCAUCCGAUUCGGAAAGAAUUGAUGUAUAAAAACUGUCGAAAGAUGUCUGCUUCUGUUGCUAUAUACGCUAGGCAAGAAUGGAAUCCAACUUUUGUAC